AUGCUUUCUCUAGUGGUUGUACUGAGGCGAAGUGAGGCAGGCCAGCGGUUGACCAGUCAACAACGAAAAGGUGAGGUUUGUUUUACGACGCCUCGGUUCAAAAGCCGAAAGGCAGAAGCGGUGCUGUUAGCCGGCUACUCUUCUGUGUCGAGUUUUGAGACGUCGGUCGAUCGAGCGGUCAACCGACCGAUGUCCAUGAAGAAAGAGGGAAUACAGACGAGGAAGAGGAAGACGAAGGGCGAAGGCGGCUGUGGCGGCGGUAGCGGCAGAAAGGGAGGAAGUGGUGUGAAUUCGGACUGCGGCGGUGGAGGAAGAGGAGGAUGUGUUAACAUGUCGGGCGGCGGCGGCGGCGGCGGCGGCGGCAGUGGCGCCAAGGCCGCCGCGGCGCUAGGUGAGAGCUGGUUUGUACUAGACGCGGAUUCGGAUUUCGGUAAGACGGCUUUUUGUGCAGAAAUGCGCAAUGGUAAUGGAAAUGCGUUUUUGUUCGAAAAUUUGCACAACGAUGCGCUGGCGAAUGAGUUGGCGUUUCACCAGCGCAUUCUGCCGCUGAGCGCCGCCGGCCUCGACCCGUGCCACAUCACGUCGUCGAACAUGGCAGCGGCGGCAGCCAUCCGCUUCCGAGGUCUGGAGCUUCCGCCGCCGGGGGCGGCGGCGGCCGCCAGUUCGUCGUGGACAGUGGCCGGCAACCACCAAGCGCCGCUACCGUCGCUCAGUUCGACGAUCGCGUUGACACCGCCUGAACAGCUCAGCCCGUCGCAACUGAUCACGUCCUACCACCACAACGCGCCGUCGAUGGCCAGUGUACGUUCGACCGGUAUGACAGGCUGCGGCACACUCGGCUCAACCAUGUCCACGGUCAGCUUCGGUGGCGGCAACUGCGGCGGCGGCGGCGGCAACGCGCUGGCUCUUUUCUUGAACGCGGUCGAUCCGACCACCAGCGUGAACGUCAAAGACCUCCAGCAGCACCAGCACCAGCACCAGCACCAGCCGCAACACCAGCACCAGAACAGCUGUGUGACCGUCGUUUGGCGUCGGAUCCAGUUGUUCGAAAACUCGUCGUCGUCCCUCACGAACGACAACCAGAUCCCGCGUCCAGUCCACUCCAUCCGCGUACUACCGUAUUCAACCAGCCGACCGACGGUUAGUUCUGGUGAUCAGCCUCUGCCGGCGCCUGCCUAUGAUUCUUUUCGUUUGCUGUUGUUUCUUACCGUUCGCGAUCGAUUGCCGUGUCGUACGGAGGCAUGCGUUGAGGAGCUGUCGAACCGCCGCCUCCGUGUCCGCCUGCGCAUCGAUUUCACGAAAUUUCACUUUCGCCAAUCGCAUCGAUUUCACGAAGUGGACGCCACGCCCGCAUGUCGCUCGAACUCUCCAAUCAUCAAACGACCGACAAAUGGACGAUCGCCGCCUCACGUCACUUCGGUUUCUUUUCUUGCGUUCGCUCGCGUCGCGUCGCGUCGGUCAGUCCGUGGCAUAGCGGCUGCCGUGCCGAUUGUUAUCCUUACGACGUUAUUAUAA